UGAUCAAGCGACAGUUGAACGUUAGAACUUGGCGCGACGUGUUGUCGAGCUUAACAUGAGAAUCGAAAUAGAAGCUUAAAAUACUAAAUUUCAAAUAUGGCUAAAACAACUGACACAACGGCCGAGCCGGAACCCCAGUUGAAUUAUAUUCAAAGAUUAUGGCGUUACCGUCGUUAUCUCGUCAUCGAGCCGUUCUUCUUCUUCUACUUUAUGGCAUCCGUAUUCAACCAAGUGGCCAUUCAGAACUUCCCCCUGGAGAAGGCAUGUCGCGUCAAUCUGGGCUACAACAAAGCCACCUGCAUGACCAUGUUGGAUAAAUCGGAAUUGGGCAUCGAAUGCGAUGACUAUAACUUCGAGAACACGACCAUGGGCGCCUCCAUGGACCAAACUCUGCUGGGCGUCUACUCGACCGGCUUUAAUUAUACGGUCUGCAAGGCCGAGGUGGAGGCCCAGAAGCUAUCCGCAGAUGUUUCGGGAAAACGUGCGCCCAUAGCCGCCAUAUUCCCACUGAUUAUACUGCUCUUUGCCGGAGGCUGGUCGGACAGAUACAACAAGCGCAAGCCAUGCAUGAUUAUACCCAUAGUGGGCGAAGGCUUAAUGUUCACCUGUUUGCUCAUUUCGGCUAUUUUCUUUGAUAGUCUGCCCAUGGAGUUUGGCAUGUAUCUGGAGGCGAUUGUGCCUGCGGUCUGUGGCGGUCUGACCUUCUGUCUGAUGGCAGUCUAUAGCUAUAUAACGAUAUCCACGCCCGAGGAGGAUCGCGUUUUUCGGUUUGGCAUCUUUGCAAUGUUUGUGACCGGAGCGCCCUUUUUGGGCGCCGUCAGUGGAUUUCUCUUCAAUACACUUGGCUACAUAAUUUCGUUUGCCAGCGCGGUUGUCUUUCAAAUUAUUGCCAUACUCUAUAUCAUCUUCUUCAUCAAGGAGAUCAAACCAGAGCCAAAGAAAUCCGAGGAAACGCUGGACAACCCGCUGGAGGGCCAUGCUGCGGAUAAUAUGGCCUAUGAGCGAACAAACUUGGAUGAGCUGCCUGUUAACAAGAAUGUUAACUUCCAACUGACACCCCAAUUGGAGCCACCCAAAGUGGAGCCACCGCCUGUGCCGGUUGUGAGACGCUCACUGCUAAAGGAACUUUUUGAUCCUACGCUGGUGAUGGAAUGCAUACGGUUUCCUUUGAUCAAGCGCAAGAACAAAGGACGUCUUCUACUGAUUCUGCUUAUUCUGGCCUUCUUCCUGACCGUGGGCCCUGGCGCGGCUGAGAAUGACUAUUGGUAUCGCUUCACCCUGAAGAAGUUGAACUGGAAUGGCAAUGACUUCUCUAUUUUUUCAACCAUAUCCGGGCUGGCGGCUGUAUUGGGUACAUUCAUCGGCACAGCCAUCCUUAGCAAAAUGUUGAAGAUUUCGGAUCCCUCCAUUGGCAUACUCUCGGCUCUGGCCAUUGUCUGUUCACGUCUGUUGUAUGCCUUUUCCACCGACACCACCUCGUUCUACGUGGCCACCGUCGUGGACAUGUUUGUCAGUCUGCGCGUCAUCGCCAUCAAGGCCAUUGGCAGCCGCAUUGUGGAGGGAGAUGAGCUAAGCAAAAUGUAUUCGAUCUUUGGCAUCAGCGAACCAAUUGCCCAAUUCAUAUUCCCGCCCAUCUACAGUUUAAUCUACCAGAAUACUGUGGACACAUUUCCGGGCGCCUUCUUUCUGUUUGGCGAAAUCUUCUACGUGCCCAAUGUUCUAGUCUUUAUCCUUUGCUAUUUCAUCUUGCGACGUCAGAAGUCCAAGGAGCAGAAUUCCGUGGAGCUGGCACAAAAUAACGAAGGCAAUGGCCAGGCGAAUGCCGCCAGUGGCACAGAGAUUACUAGUCUAUAAGCCAUUAAGAAGUCUUCUAUACGAAUGUACAUAGGCUACCUUCUCAGACGUCAAGUUCUAUAUAUAACUUUAUUUGGUUUAUUUCGGUUAAGUGACUUAAGCUAAGCUAAACCCACGUCUUUGCUGCCUGGCAAAAGGAUUAG